AUGAAUACAAGUAAUGCCACUGCAAUCACAUAUGCAGCUAAGUCAGUCUCAACUUACAUGGCUUUCUACGGUUACUAUUGCUUGUCAACGGUCAUAUUGGGUACAACACUCAAUCUUUUAACACUCUUUGUCUUGUGUCGAUCAACAUUCCGAAACACUCAAGGCCGAUCCACGAUCCACUAUAUGCGUACAAUAGCAGUGAUGGAUUUUCUUGGAGUAUACGGAUGGAAUAUCGAUAGUUAUCUAAGUGCCAUUCAUGGAUUUUCAUUAACUUAUUCAUACUCAGUGGCAUCAUGUAAGUUUUCCUUCUUUUUUAAUUUUUGGACACUUCAAACUUCAGCAUGGUUGCAUGUUCUCGUUUCUUUUGAUCGAUAUUUAUUUAUGAGUCGAAUACAGCCAAACACAUGGUUCCAUCGAUGGAAAAUUGUCGCGAUUAUUAUUACUUGCAUCAUAACAAUCUUUUUUCUUUCGAAUUUUCCUGUUUUAAUAUUGAUUUGUUACAGAAGUGCCGGUGGAUAUAUCGUUAUCGACUCUCCACUGCGCCCCAUGAUUUCCACAUUUCAGACCGUACAUUUGUGGAUUUAUGAUUUUAUUCCAUCAGGAUUGAUUUUAUCAUUCAAUUUUCUCUCAAUUCAUCAUUUACAUAAACUACGACGAACAACAACCAUAACAAAUUCAAAGGUUCGUCAUCGACCAAUUACAAUCACUCUUAUCAUUUCUGGUUUUACAUUCGUGAUGACACGAACACCAGCUUCGUUUAACUAUGGCUUUCUCUAUCCGACUCUUUCCGCAAUUUAUUGGGGUCGGUAUGUUCUUGGUGCAUCUAAUUUACUUCUAUACACAUGUCCUGUUCUGAGUUUUCCUAUUUAUUUUAUGACAUUCAGUGAAUUUCGUCAUCAACUGAUUAACCUCGUCACAAGAAGACCAGUCACGACAAGAAUUGCUGGAGAUGCACCAGUUCAAGUUGUGCAAGUCAGAGGACAAAACAAGUAG